ACCACGGUUGCCCUGUGUACCGUCAACAAACCCUACUUUUAAAUACCAGACGUCUCCCUCUCCACGUCGAGGAAAUUUGGGGGAACAACAGUCUUCUCAAAUUUGGCCCCCCGGAUUAAUCCAUAUCUUCUUUUACAACUACCCUGCCUUGCAGGAGUGCAACAAAGAUGGCAACGAUAAACGUGGUCGUUGGCCAUCGAGGCAAGAAGUAUGACAUCGAGGUCGACACUUCUUCGACGGGCGAGGUCUUCAAGUAUCAAUUGUUUAGUCUCACCGGCGUUGAACCCGAGCGGCAGAAGGUCGUCAUCAAGGGACGCCAGCUGAAGGAUGACACGGAAAUGGGCAAGCUCGACCUCAAGCCCGGGCAGUCAAUCAUGAUGCUGGGCACUCCCGGCGAAGGCGGAGGUCUGGCGCGCCCGGCGGAACAAGUGAAGUUCGUGGAGGAUAUGACCGAGGCAGAGGCUGCGCAGCAAGUGGGCGCGACACCGGCAGGCCUACAGAACCUUGGCAAUACUUGCUAUCUCAACUCGACUCUACAAGCCCUCCGCUCGAUCCCCGAACUCCAGGACGCUCUGGGAAAGUACGAGUACAGGAGCAUGAGCACCCUCGACCCCAUCCCGCAGUUAGACUUGACGAGACAGCUCAGGGAUCUCUACAAGAUGAUGUCCGAGACUCAAAGCGGCUUCCCGCCCCUGGCAUUUCUCAACGCCCUCCGACUUGCCUUCCCACAGUUCGCAGAGCGAUCGAAAUCCGGACAGGGUUACGCCCAGCAAGAUGCCGAAGAGGCGUGGUCCCAGAUCGUCGCCCAGCUGAGACAGAAGCUGCAGCUCAAGGAUAGCGAAGACAGCCCGUCCGUGUCAUUCAUCGACCGGUACCUGUCGGGAGAGUUCUCCUCGACUCUGGAAUGUGAUGAGCCAGCCGCCAAAGAACUGGGCGAGGAGCCGGUGUCGUCCAAGGAGCCGUUCCUCAAGCUCAACUGCCACAUCGACGGCAAUACGAAUCACCUUCGCGACGGCAUUCUCAAUGGCCUUACGGAGAAAAUUGAGAAGAAGUCGUCAGCCCUGGACCGGGACGCGAUGUACACCAAGAGAUCCAAGAUAUCUCGCCUGCCCAAGUAUCUCACGGUCCACUUUGUGCGCUUCUUCUGGAGACGAGAUGUCCAGAAGAAAGCCAAGAUCAUGCGGAAGGUCACCUUCCAGCAGGAGCUUGACGUGGUCGAGUUCUGCACCGACGAGCUGAAGAAGGCUCUCGUCCCCGUCCGAGACAAGGUCCGCGAGAUCCGAAAGGACGAGGAGGACGUCGAGCGGGCGCGAAAGCGUCGCAAGAGGAACCACGAGGGUGAGCCCGGUGAGGCACCUGAAUCUUCCGAUAAGAAGAAGACGGCGGCCGGGAAGAAGGACGAGAAGAAGCCGGCCACAUCGGCGGACGGAGACACCGAGAUGGCUGAGACGUUCAAGACGGAUGCCGAGUUUGAGGCGGAGAGGGACGCGGCGCUCUUGGCUGCGAAGAAGGAGCUGCACGCGCUUAUCGACCCGGAACUCCAGAAGGACGAGGGUGCCAACCAGUCGGGCCUCUACGAGCUCCGCGGCGUCGUUACCCACCAGGGGUCCAGCGCAGAUAGCGGCCAUUACACCGCGUAUGUCAAGAAGACGGCACCGACAGACCCCAAGACGGGCGUCAAGGGCGAGGAGGACGGGAAGUGGUGGUGGUUCAAUGACGACAAGGUGUCCGAGGUCGAUGCCGACAAGAUUGAUACCCUGGCCGGAGGUGGCGAGUCGCACUCUGCCUUGAUUCUCCUGUACCGAGCCAUCCCCCUGCCCUCAGCAGAGGGCACCAUGGAGUGAAGAAACUUGUCGCAUGCUCAUCAUGCCCGAAAGGAAAGGGCGCAUUGGCCGCAUGGAUUUUCAAGUUCGGUUUUGUGGUUAGGGGUUAGGGGUGAUGGUCGCAAUAGGUCUCAUGGGGAAAAUAAACAGAUUAGAGUAGGGUAAUUCGUCUUAUGACACCUGCCGGGCUACGGCGUCUUCACCUAGAUUAUCCAAGGCCCCUCUCCGACCCUGGGUGGGUAGUUUGCGAACUCCUUGGUCUUAUGCUAGGGUCGUCUUUGGCCUCUUUGUGAGGCCUGCAUCGUAAAGCGGAG